UCCAGUGCAGCCAACGGCAGCCAACGGCCGCCACCCUUCCACUCGCCGGGCGUCGCGGCGUCGCCAGGCGUGGUCGAGUAUAAAAGGCGCCCGGGCCCAGACAGCAGCAUCAGUCGCACCAGUGACUACUCACCAACAACCAUCACCAUGGCCUUCAAGCUCGUCGUCCUCGCCGCCGCCUUGGCUGUUGCCAACGCUGGUCUGAUCGGCGCCCCCGUGUCCUACGGCUACGCCGCCGCCCCCGCCGUGUCCUACGGCUACGCCGCUGCCCCCGUGGCCGUCGGCACCCCCACCCUCACCUCCCAGUCCUCCAACACCCUGAGGUCCUACGGCAACCAGGGCCAGAUCUCCCACGAGAGCAAGACCAUCCAGACCCCCUUCUCCAGCGUGUCCCGCUCUGACGUGCGCGUCAGCAACGACGCCCAGAUCCUGGCCCACACCCCCGUCGCCGCCUACGCCGCCCCCGCUGCGUACGCCGCCCCCGUCGCCCACGCCUACGCCGCCCCCGCUGCCUACGCCGCCCCCGCUGCGUACGCCGCCCCCGUCGCCCACGCCGCCUACGCCGCUCCCUCCGUCUACGCCGCCCCCGUCGCCAAGGCCGUCGCCCCCGCUGGUCUCCUCGGCGUCGCCUACUCCGCUGCCCCCGUGGUCUCCCACAUGACCUACUCCAGCGGCCCCAUCGCCUACGCCUACUAGGUCAAGUCAAAUCGUCAGAGUCAGAGCCUCACCACUGUUCACCACUAUUUAUUGAAUCGAAUCAUAUCCGAUCCAUGACUGAGAUCUCGAAGCGCGAGUCACCAUGUGUACAUAAGGCCAUCAAACUAUUUAUUUGCCCUAUUUAUUGAAAAUAAAUUAUGGAACAAAUGCAGUAAA